AUGGCGAAUAAAUCAAAAGAACUCUUGUUAGAUAACAACAAUAUGCUUUACAAUUAGAAUUAAUAAAUAGAAAACAUUGUAACUACUUUAGCCUAAACUAAUCAAACUGCUGCGAUUGUUUAAGAGAAACUUUUGGAUUAAGGAGAAAAAAUUGUCGGUAUUGCAAAUACAAACAAAGAUAUAUAAAGGGAAACAAGAAGAGUUGAUAAGCAAACAAAUUAAAUUAUUAGGAGGGAAUUCUACAUGAAACUAAUUCUCUAUUUAAUUGCUUUACUCCUGUUUGCCGCUAAUAUUAUUGUGCUUGCAAUCAAAUUAUCUAAUGAUUGA